AUGUCUUCCUCUCCUGGAAUCAAGCCUCGGGAGCAUGUGGACAUGAUGUACAUCUCCAUUGAGACAGCCAUUGCGCUGGCCUCUGUGCUGGGGAACGUGCUGGUGGUGCUGGCUGUGUGUGUGAACCGGGCUCUCCGCAACACCACCUUCUGCUUCAUCGUGUCGCUGGCCGUGGCUGACAUAGCCGUGGGGGUUCUGGUCAUCCCUCUGGCUAUCAUCAUCAGUCUGGGGUUUAACACUCAGUUCUACACCUGCCUCUUCCUCUCCUGCCUGCUGCUCAUCAUCACCCAGAGCUCCAUCCUCUCGCUGCUAGCUAUCGCCAUCGACCGAUACCUGCGAGUCAAGAUUCCCACCAGGUACAGCACCAUCGUGACCCAGAGGAGAGCAUAUGUGGGAGUUUGUCUGUGCUGGAUCCUCUCCUUCCUCACUGGACUGGUUCCAAUGAUCGGAUGGAAUAACCGCGCUGAUCAGAGAAACCUCAACAUUUCCAGCGACAUUGUGUGUGAAUUCACCACCGUCAUGAGGAUGGACUACAUGGUGUACUUCAAUUUCUUCGGCUGGGUGGUGGUACCGCUGUCCGUAAUGAUCGCGCUGUAUGGGGAGAUCUUCAGGGUGAUCCGGCGGCAGCUGAACCGGCGUGCUGAAGCCACUUGUGAUGGAGACAGGUACUAUCGGAAGGAGCUGAAGCUGGCCAAAUCACUGGCCUUGGUGGUCUUCCUCUUUACUGUGUGCUGGCUGCCAAUACACAUCAUGAACUGCAUCAACUUCUUCUGCCCAAACUACCACGUACCCAAGUUCGCCAUGUACGUAGGCAUUUUCAUGUCCCAUGUGAACUCAGCAGUCAACCCGCUGGUUUACGCAUUCAGGAUAAAGCGGUUCCGUGUCACGGUGAUCCAGAUCGCUCGCCGUUGCAUGUUAUGCAAACCUGCAGAGCCCACUCCAUGCCCCACCAGCACACCAGCCCUGACAGAGAAAGUGGAUGUAAACCUGUAA